CCAACUCCCAGCAGGCCUGAUCAUGGUCGCAAGUCGGUAGCAGUGAGAGACAGACAUAACGAGCGCAGUAUCCACGGCUCCACCUCACCCUACCCUCCGCCAUGGCGUCAACCGUGGACGCUGAGCUGCAGAAGCUCGACCCCGCCAUCCCAUUCCGCGCCUCCAAAACGCACCAGCACCAUACCUGGGCGCGCACCUUCCACAGCUACCCCGAGCUGUACAUCCGUCCACAGUCGCUCGAAGAGAUCCAGAAAGCUGUCGUGCUGGCGCGGCGAUGUCGGCGACGCAUCGUGCUCGUCGGCUGUGGCCACUCGCCCAGCGAUAUGACGUGCACCUCGGCCUGGAUGAUGAACCUGGACCAGUAUAACAGUGUUUUGAGGGUCGACCAAGAGAAGGGCACAAUGCUGGUACAGGGUGGCAUCAGGCUAUACCAGCUCAACGGUCGCGCGAAAGAAUAUGGUCUCACGAUGCCGAACCUCGGCUCCAUCGAUCAGCAGUCGAUCGUCGGAGCUAUGGCGACAGCGACGCACGGCAGCAGCACAAAGCACGGUCUUCUGUCCUCGAAUGUACGUAGUCUGCGCCUCGUCUUAUCCAACGGAUCGACGGUGCUGUGCUCGGAAGAGCAGAACGUGGAUCUCUUCCGGGCGGCGCUGGUGUCUCUGGGCGCGCUGGGCAUUAUCGUCGAAGUGGAGUACCAGAUGAUACCCCACACGAACAUCGAAUGGGAACAGAAGUUACAGCCGCUGGACUACGUGCUAGAGAAGUGGGAGAAAGACCUCUGGACCAAGAAGGAGUUCACGCGCGUCUGGUGGUUGCCGUACAUGAAGCGUGUCAUCGUCUGGCAAGCCGAGCAGACGGAAAAGCCGCUGAGGGCACCCAAGAGCAACUGGUACGGCGGCAGCGUCGGCUUCCACACUUACCACGUCUUGCUCUGGAUCUCCAACUACAUCCCACCAAUUCUGCCCGCCAUCGAGUGGUUCGUCUUCGGCAUGCAAUACGGCUUCACCAACGGCGCCGGCACAACUGCCAUCGAGGAACAGCGCACUGGUCUGCUGAUGAACUGCCUGUACAGCCAGUUCGUGAACGAGUGGGCCCUGCCGCUGCACAAGGGACCGGAAGCCAUCACGCGCAUGUCAGCCUGGCUCAAUGGCGACGAGGCGACCGCACGCAUCCCCUUCUCUCCGCGCGGCCUCUGGGUCCAUGCACCCAUCGAAGUCCGGGUCUCUGAUACCUCCCCCAGCCACCCUCGUCCAUUCCUCGACCCCACGGACUCCGCCGGCCCGACGCUCUACCUGAACGCUACUCUGUAUCGCCCCUACCACUGUGACCCGCCAUGCCGGGAGCGCUACUACGAGGCAUUCGAAUGGCUGAUGAAGGAGAUGGGCGGCCGGCCGCACUGGGCCAAGAACUUCGCCACUGUGACACAUGACGACCUCAAGACACUGUACGGCGCCGACCUAGACAAGUGGAUCGAGGUGCGCAAUGAGGCAGACCCAGACGGCAUGUUCGUCGGCGAGUGGCACCGGCGGCUGGUUCUCCCGCCGGCGUCAGAGAUGCCCUACAUGCCGCUGGAGGAGCACGAGGUCGAGCGGCGCGGCAGGCGCGCCGGCGGCGUCGAGUGGUUCGGCGAGCAGGCUGUGCGGAACCGCCCCAAGAGCUCGAGCUCCGAGGAGAGCUUUGAUAUCCUGCAUGGUGCAGAGGCGGAGGCGAGCACACUGCUGCCGUACUUGACGCGUGUUGCGGAUGAGGAUGAGUAUGAGGAGAGGAUGCGCGAGGAGGUGCACGGGUCCGCUGUCAAGGGCCUUACUGGCACGCAGGUGUUUAACAAGAUGUGAACGGAGGUAGGUAAAUUGGGAUGGUUUUUUUUGGAUUCAUGGGGGCAUUUAGGGAGAUAGGAGACGUAUGUAUGAAUGAUGACGAGUCCCACGAAGGAUGUACUUUACGCAGGCAGACGUUGUUAUUCAUAUCCCCACAGCGAGCGGUAUCUUGUUGAAGCCAAACUACGUUAAGUCUCUUUGGUUUUAGAAAUUAAGGAUACUACACGCAUGUCUACAUGUCCCUAUAAGUGGACAAG